AUGGAGAUGAACAGACUAACAGCUUUGGAUGGCAAUACCGCCGGCGACUUUGACGAACCCCAAGCGGCAUCCAAUGAUCAUCAGAUCGACAAUGAUGGUGGAUUCCUGGAGAAUUGGAAUCUUGACACAAACGGUCUUUCCUCGUUCCAAAAUGCAAACAAUGGCAUCUUUGGUGGGUGGGGCAGGGGAUCCCUUGAGGACUCCGAAUUUGAAGAGCAAAUCAUGACUGAAGAAGCUAAACUUCCUCCUGAGACUGUCUACCACUCAGGUCAAGCCCCGAACGAGCCAAACACAAGUGACCGAGGACAGUUGCUUGGUGCAACAGGGCCGAUUACCGAUAUAGACUGGGAGCACCUUCCUCUAUCGCUCAGCGACCAAGACGUGAAUGAGCUUGAGACAACCGUUCCUGCCUCGGAGAUGCCUCAGCCAGCAUAUGAGCACCCGGGCUUGAGCUCCAAUGAGGUGGCUUCAACAUCACCAGCGUCAAGUGCGACGGUCCAAGCUGAUGAUUCCUCGUCGCUGGAAGCUCGCCAAAACACAUGCGUGAUUGUGAUAGACGACGAACCGCCUGACCAAUCCUUGCAGAAAGACGUGUCAAAUCACAGCAAGGACGACACCAGAAAAAAUCAUGAUGGAAACAACUUCAUUGGUUCCGUAUCCGGACUCCUCGGAUCAAUGGCUUCCUCCAAGGCCCCAAGCUCGGGGAUAAGUCGUCUACGUGUGCCAUUGGACUGGACUCCGCCAAAUUUUGCGAAACUGCCACCCAAGCCCAGGAAGCGCAAGCGCUCAAUACCCAGCAAGCCGUCUCUAGAGUUGCUAGAAUCGAGACAGACUACCAAGAUGACUCGGAGUGUGGAUCAGGAGGGAUCUGCAAGGAUGUACACGCAUACAAUUCAGUCACACGGCUCACGAAACGCCGGUAGCGCAUCAAAGAACCACGAAGCGUCUCGACCCCGACCUGCUCCUAUCAUUACGACACCAACCCACACGGCCACCAGCGUCAAAGAUGUAAGCAGAAUUGCUUGCCAGCUGCCAACACCAGAGUCCGCGGCCUCUGUGAAACGCCCCAAAGAUGCAAGCCAAUACUCGGCAUUUGCAUCUCCAUCUGCAUCCAUGGGGCACCGCACCCAGGGCUCUCUCAGAGACAGCAAUGGAGAGCGUGCAACGUCUGGUUUGACAAUUCACGAUGUCAUUGUUCUCAGCGACGACGAGGAACCGGUGGAGAAACGCAGGCAGAAGGCGUAUCCAUCUAAAGGGGACACUGCAUUGUCAAAAUCAAGACAGUAUACCAUGUCUUCAAAGCAGAAUAGUCAAGUGACCAGACACUACCGAGAUCGCUCGCAAGCGGACAGCACUAAUUCCAAGAAUGGAGCUGCAGGAAUUUCGAAUGCGGCAGUAUUAAAUAGAGAAGUCAUGUCCAAAUCCAGGAUGUUGACUGAGAAUGCAUCAACGGCAAACAUCACCACGACCCAAAUGCCGGCAGCGAAUGCGGUCGGUAGACAGCAAAACAUGGGGAGCCAGCAGCUCCAACAGCCUCGACUUGCGGCACGUCCCUCCCAACAAGCUUUGCCUGCGAUAACCACACACAUAGGUGCCAAAGGAACCAGCAAGCCUCUCGAUUUCACUGGAUUCCAAGGCUCGCGGCCCAUCACAAAGCCUGCAGCGCCCACAACUCAGCUAUCCGCUCGUCCUAUGGGCAAGGAGGCUGCCUUGUUGAUCCUGCAAAAAACGGCGCCGAUUGUUCCGAAUAGACUCACGUCACAGCCCAGCCAACGCAGCCGGCAGACGCGAAGACCAGGGACUUAUAGGUGGGAGCAAGAAUGGCAUGAAAUAAGAGACAAACAAGCAAUGCGAGAUGACAUCAAGUCUCAAAAGCGCAAGGAGAAAUUUCGUAUAGAUAUCACAAGUGCUCAUCCCGAUCUGCCAGAGGAUGAAAUACAGAAGCGAGUUGAGGCCUUGGAGAAAAACAAGCAAUUGGAGCUCUUCAAACGAAAGGAAGAACGCGCCGCCAAGAACGCCUACAAGAGUCGCCCAGGAGAGCUGGAGCACGACGACAGUGCAGGAUUAAGCAAAGAGAUUGAAGCCAUACGUACACAGACAAGACUAACAAUGCCUCUCCGGGGGUUGGGACCCGCUCGUAUAGUAAUCGCAUACAAAGUGAUCAAAACAUAUCCAUAUAUCAGCUAUGAAGAGGCUGAAGAGCGGUACGUCGAAGAGGAGCAAAUUUUUCUCGAGAAGGAAAGGGCCAACGAUCAUGCCCAAGCUGUCUUUCUCAACGUGAACGACCCUGUUCUUAGGCAGGCCGGGAAAGGAAGCCAGCUCAAAAAAUUGACAAUGAUCUUUAACGAGAAGAGGGAUGGCUUGUUUGAAGCCGAGCGGGUUUUCAGUAACGAGGAAAAACAUUCUGUCAUCGUAGACUUCUACGAGAUGCAGGUGGGACAUGUACAGCCCAGCAUGCAUAGGGGGAGAAAGCUCUCAAAGCAGGCCAAGGCCGCUUUCAAGCCCGUGAGGUUUGAUGUUAUGGCCUUCUUCACGAUUGACAGAAAUGCCCGAAAAUGCGAUACCCCGAACAGACCUCGAACUUCCAGUCCUCUGGGCGAGAAAGAAAUGUCGCUCCUCACAACCAGCCAGAUAACCUAUUCGGAAAGGAAGGUGUUAUCCGCCAUCGUCAGCCCGUUACCGAAGAGCUUAUAUAGGGACUAUGUGGCUGAUAUGGAGGAUCAGGCAGCAGAAGAAGAUGAUCAAGAAGGGGAAGAAAACUCCAGUCUGAACCUCAUCACAACCGCAGAGCAGGAGAACGCCCAUGAAAUUGACGAUUCUGACUCUGAGAGUGACGACGGGGUGCGUAACAGAACACCCAACCGAGGUACUGCGACGACGAAACAGUCUGUUACUAAAACAAGAGAUACCCCAUUCAAACAGCCUGGUGACAAUCUAGGUUGUCAUUUUGAAGAGGAAGAAUUGGAAACAGAGGAGGAAGAGAGUAUAGAUGACGAGGAGGAAGACAAAGGGCACUGCCCUGAUCGGAGCACAGAAAACCUCACCUUCUAUUCAGAUACGGUAGCAUCCUUUACGACUCUCCGGGCGGCGAAUAUCGAGGCCUAUCGUGUAUAUCUCCGGUUGUAUAGCUUCAUCAGCCUAAAUUGCUGCAUCCACCCAACAUGCACAUGCCGCCAAGGUGGACUUUCCGACUUCUUGCGCGAAAACCAGAUCAACCCCGUCGCCGAGGCCGCUAGGAAGGGCAUUGACCUAUCGGAGCCGGAUUGCAGUUACUCGUUUGACAACGACCCGGUGUACGGGCUGACUCUCGGCUUCCGGCACCUUCAGAUCUCUGUCAAGAAGAUCGAAACGAUCGGGCCGCUGCUGGUCGGAGAGGGGCUGAUUGACAAUACUGAGGAGCUCGAAGAAGAGGAGAUUGAGAGGCGAGCUGAGAGGAGAGAGAUGCUGCAGCGGCAGCAAGCCAGAAAGGAGGCAAAAAAGAUGCAGGAGCUGGAAAGACAAGCAUCUCGGAUGCGACAACAAGAGAAGGCUCUUGACCACGAGUUAACUGCGGCAGAGAUAACCCAGCAGCAAGCCGAACAAGGGCAAGGUGAAUCAGGCGAUAUUGCUACGGAAGAGGAGCAGCAGCGGCUCCUUGAGCAGGAGCUACAAGGCAUGGACAACAAGGACUCGGACAUGUCAGAGGAGGAGUAA